AUGGACGUUUAUCUUUUAAUGCUUACGGUUGCAUGCAUUUCUGUCCCUUCUCUCAAAACUUCCAUAGCAGUAAGUUUUAUGGAAGUGUCCCAAAGCAUGAGUGAUGGAGAGACUUUGGUGUCAAAUGAUGGAAAGUAUGAACUUGGGUUCUUCAGCCCAGGUAAUUCUAUUAAACGUUACCUGGGUCUUUGGUACAAGAAUAUCCCAGUUCAGAAAGUCGUUUGGGUUGCUAAUAAGGCCAACCCCAUCAAUGAUUCCACAGGUAUCUUAACACUCAACACCACUGGCUAUCUUGUUCUUACACAAAAUGGGUUUCUUGUUUGGUGUACUGACUCUCACAAACAAGCACAGAAUCCGGUGGCAGAACUCUUGGAAAGUGGGAAUCUUGUGAUAAGAAACAAGGGAGACACGGACAAAGAAGAAUACUUAUGGCAAAGCUUUGACUAUCCAUCUGAUACCCUUUUGCCAGGGAUGAAGUUAGGAUGGGACCUCCGAACUGGUUUCGAAUGGAAAUAUACUUGUUGGAAGAGUCCAGAUGAUCCAUCCCCAGGAGACUUUACUAGGGUUUUAAAACUCUAUAACUAUCCAGAGAUUUAUAUAAUGAAUGGAACACAAAAAUGGUUCAGGUUUGGACCUUGGAACGGCCUAUAUUUUAGUGGAACACCAAGUCUAUUGAACAACACCGUUUUCUAUUUCAAUAUGGUCAUCAAUAUGAAUGAGAUUUACUACUCAUAUACCCUUUCAAACAGUGAAACCAUCUCAUUUACAGUAACAAACGAAACGGGUCAAGCGUCUCGCUAUUUGUGGAGUGAGGAUGAUCACAAUUGGAGGACGAUCGGAUACUUCCCGAGUGAGUUUUGUGACACUUACGGGCUCUGUGGACCCUAUGGGAACUGCGUGAGAACCCAAACCCAAGUCUGUCGAUGUUUGAAAGGUUUCAAACCAAAGGCGCCAAAAAAAUGGAACUUGUCUGAUUGGCGUGGAGGUUGUGUCCGUAAUGAAGCGUUGAGUUGCAGAGGUAAAGACGAAGAUGGGUUUAACAAAUUUGAAGGGCUGAAAGUUCCGGAUACUACACAAACUUGGUUGGAUGUGAGUAUCGGUCUUGAGGAAUGCAGCGUCAAGUGUUUGAGUAAUUGUUCUUGCAUGGCCUAUGCUAAUUCAGACAUAAGGGGUGCAGGCAGUGGAUGUGUCAUGUGGUUCGGAGAUCUCAUUGAUAUGAAACAGUUUGAAACUGGAGGACAAGAUCUAUAUAUCAGGAUGCCUGCUUCACAGUUAGAACAUGUUUAUAGCCACAAUAAGAUCAAAACGCUUCCAAUAGUUGUUUCCACCGUUGCAGCAGUUUGUGGUGUUCUAUUAUGUACCUAUUUAUUCUGCAGAAUCCGCAGGAACAAAUCUGAGAAAUCAUUGGCAGAAGAACUCCGUGAAAAACAAGUGGAUGAUCUUGACGUGCAAUUGUUUGAUCUAUUUACAAUUGCAACUGCCACUAACAACUUCUCAAUAGAAAAUAAGAUUGGACAAGGUGGUUUUGGACCUGUGUACAAGGGAGUAUUACUUGAUAUGCAAGAAAUUGCUGUAAAGACUCUAUCAAGGAGCUCAUGGCAAGGAGCGACAGAGUUCAUAAAUGAAGUCAAAUUGAUUGCAAAACUUCAGCACCGAAAUCUUGUAAAACUUCUUGGUUGCUGCAUUCAGGGACAAGAAAAAAUGUUAGUUUAUGAAUACAUGGAAAAUGGCAGCCUAGAUUCCUUCAUAUUUGAUGAUACAAAAAGUAAUUUGCUAGAUUGGUCUCAACGCUUUCAAAUAAUAUGUGGCAUUGCAAGGGGGCUUCUGUAUCUUCAUCAAGAUUCCCGAUUAAGAAUUAUUCAUAGAGAUCUUAAAGCAAGCAACGUACUUCUUGAUAAAAAUUUGUGUCCAAAAAUAUCGGAUUUUGGAUUGGCCAGAAUUUUUGGAGGGGACCAGAUUGAAGGAAACACAAGAAGAGUAGUUGGGACGUAUGGGUAUAUGGCACCAGAGUAUGCUGUCGAUGGAUUAUUUUCUGUGAAAUCAGAUGUCUUCAGCUUUGGCAUUUUAGUGUUGGAGAUUGUGUGUGGAAAGAAAAACAGAGGACUUUAUCACACAGACGAGAGUCUUAACCUAGUUGGUCAUGCAUGGACUUUAUGGAAAACUGGGAGGGCAUUAGAGUUGGUUGAUUCGAGCAUGAAGGAGUCAUACAUUAUAGCAGAAGUUCUGCGAUGUCUCCAUGUUAGUCUUUUGUGUGUGCAGCAAUACCCAGAAGAUAGGCCUACAAUGGCGUCCGUGAUUCUAAUGUUGGAGACUCAAAUGGAACUGGUUGAGCCCAAAGAACAUGGUUUCACUUCAAGAAAUGUUUUGGCUGAAGAUGAUUUACGGUUAAAUUCCAAAGACACAAGUUCAAUCAACCAUGUAACAAUUACCUUGUUACAGGCACGAUAAAGAAAAUUGAUUGAUGGGAACGGAGAAAUUAUGUGUGAAUCCUAACACGAGAAACAGAGAUCUUUA